AUGCCCUUCAUCAUUGGCCAAGCCAAGACAACGCUGCCGCCCGUGUGUCGGCGCUACUUGCCGCUGCUCGAACCCGGGUGCCUAUUAUGUACCCGUGGCUCGGGCGCUGCCGCUACCACAACAAGAACGGAAAGGUCGGGUAUCGUACGAUCCACGAAGGCAUCGUCGAGGCCGACACCUCCCAACGUCGCCCGAGGCUGCGCGUCAAAGCACGGUCCGCUGCCAAGCUCCAGCGCUUUCUGGGCGCUGGCGAAGCACGCCACAAGUGGGCUGAGAUUCGCUGGGGACAAGGCUGGACGAUCCGCCACGAGCUCCAAGGUGGUAUCAACAAGGCCUCCACGGUCGCCAAGUCUUGUGGAAUCGUCGCGGACGAGAACGAUAUUGUUGGCGCGCACGGGGACACGAACGUGCUCCACGGUAUCUUGGACCCCGACCGUGAUGGGUACUACGGGCCGCAAGCCCACGAGCUAACGCAAUUUCGGCAGUAUUUUCGCUUUGUCACGAGCAACGUCUCGCACUGGUUUGCAGAGCACUCGACGCCCAACCCGCUAGGCAUUCAGCCCACGGCCACAAUCGUCUACGGCAACAAGUUUACGGCGCACUUGAGUACCGAGUAGUGGCGGUGCAGUGGUCAUUGCUCGUGCAACUGUAUUCACGCAUUUUAAACGCUUUACAUGAACCAAGUUC